AUGGGCGCCACCGCAAAGAAACAAAAGCGCGAGGUCUACCGCAACAAGGUCGCCGCCGUGACCUCUGCGGAAUCUGGCGAAGCCGCACUCGCAGCCCUGAAACUGCCCCAGAAAAAAUACUACAGACAGCGCGCCCAUGCAAAUCCGUUCUCAGAUCAUUUGUUGAAGUAUCCUCUCAGCCCGGCACACAUGGACUGGGCGACACAUUUCCCGGCAUUCGUGAAUCCGGACCCCUCGCAGACGAAUCUCGCUGGCACAAGGAAGCUGAUCAAGGAUGUGGAGGUUGUUGAUAUUGGGUGUGGAUUCGGCGGGUUGCUCGUUGGGCUUGCGCCCGUUUUGCCGGAUACACUUAUGGUUGGAAUGGAAAUCCGUGUCCAAGUAACGGAAUAUCUGACAAACCGCAUUAAAGCCCUUCGCCACCAACAAGCGCUCAAACUUCAACUCCAACAAUCCUCCGCCGCAUCAACACCAGCCGCUGCCCCCUCCCCAUCCCCAGCUCCGGUCCCCGAGACCCCCACCGCCAACGAUCCCUCAGUCGAUGACUCCGAGAUCUUUCCGUCGACCCUAAUCCCAGGCGGAUACCAAAACAUCACAGCGAUUCGCGCCAACACGAUGAAAUUCCUCCCAAAUUUCUUCGCGCGCGGUCAACUAUCCAAGAUCUUCAUCUGUUUUCCAGAUCCUCAUUUCAAGGCGCGGAAGCAUAAGGCGAGGAUUGUCAGCGAGACGCUAAAUGCGGAGUAUGCGUAUGCGCUUCGACCGGGAGGCUUGCUGUAUACGAUCACGGAUGUGGAGGAGUACCAUUACUGGAUUCUAAGGCACUUUGGGUACGAUGUUGAGGCUGAGCAGGCUCAAAAGCAGGGUGAAGGUCAGGAGGAGGUGCAAGAAUCAGUGGGGAAGAGAGAGGGGUCAGCGGAAUUGUUUGAGCGAGUGAGCGAGGAGGACAUUGAAAAAGACGAGUGUGUUCGGGUUAUGAAAGAGGCCACAGAAGAGGGAAAGAAGGUUGCGAGGAAUGGGGGAAAUAAGUACGUGGCUGUUUUUAGGAGGAAGAGUAACCCGGAAUGGGUUUGA